AGAUCGGUCUGUGCAUGCAUUGCAAUUUGUGACAUUUGACAUUGUUUGGCAUACUAAAGUCGGCGAGUUUGCGCAAUGUUACUUUGUUCUUCUUUAUACUCGUUUAUGCCCUACGAAAAUUAUCAAUAAUAAUGAAGUAUACAAAGCUCGACUCGCUAUCUCGCAACGCGCAUGCGUUGUCACUCAUUGGAAAAAAAUCAUUACAUUAUACUUGGUACAUGUUAGCUAUGCUGCCCUUAGAUACCUAGUAGAUAAUCAUGGCUGUGGAUCUUCAGGCCAGUUUUGAAAGAUGCUGUCGUCUUUGCGCAGAAGAACAGGAAGUUACAAUCAUGAUAUUCAGUGCUGAAGCUGAAGCUAUGCUUCUACAGAACAAGCUUAACCACUAUUUGUUGAUUGAGGUUGACGAGGAUGACAAAUUACCAAAAAAUAUUUGUUUAAAAUGUUGUACAAAACUGCAAACAGUAUGUGAAUUUAUUGACACUGCUCGCAAAUCACAAGAAGUACUUCUCAAGAGUAGUCUACUGCUGGAACAAUACAAUAUUAACAAAUGUGAAGGUGUAAAUUUAAAUAAACCUAUUAAAUCUGAAUCAGAUGCACACUCUGAUGAUGACAGCAAAUUCACAGGAAUGGAAGUUAGUGUUGAUCCCAUGAUGGUUUUACAAAAUUCUGAUGAGGCGUUGUCGCCUAUAAAUGAUGAGAAUUCAACAAUAACAGAGGAUGUAACUCAUUUAUAUACAGUAGACAGUGAAAAUCUUAGUAUAAAAUUAAUAAGAAAAGGUGAUUCACAAUGUGAAACUAAGUCAAAUUCAGACGAUGGUAAAAAGGACUCGAGUUUAAAACCUUUCCCAUGUACCACUUGCGAUAGAAGUUUUUUUACAGAAUUGGCCCUUAAAAAUCAUUCUUGGAUACAUUAUAAUGAUGAGAAACCUCAUAAACAAUACAAAUGUAGUUCAUGUGAAGAAGACUUUGAUUUAAAAUAUGAUUUUAUACAACAUUUAAAACAACACAAAACAAUGGGUCUCUGUCAAUUGUGCGGAAGGAGUUUCAGGACUGAAAAAAAUUUAGAUGCUCACAUGUCUGCACACUUGUCAUCUGGUAAAUCAUAUACAUGUAAAGUGUGUGGGCGUUCAUAUAGCACAAUGAGUAAUUUAAGAACGCAUAGCAUUACGCAUAGUAACGAGAGGCCUUAUCACUGUCAUCUUUGCAAGAAAAGUUUUAAACGUAAUCAGGAUUUAAAGUUUCACAUCAAUCAACACACUGGUGCUAAACCUUACAAAUGUCCCUUCUGUGAAAAGAGCUUUGCUAGUUCAGGAAACUGUUACUCCCACCGAAGUCGGAUGCAUCCCGGUAAAUGCCUUGAUAAUAAAAUGCGACGUCGUAAUACAUCAAGAGAGUAUAACCAAGUGUUGACUACACGACCCAUUGCGCCAAAACCACCUCUUAUUGCCGUCAGAGGGAUCUUUAAAUAUCAAUGCACCAUGUGCGACCAUAGUUUUAUGAAGAGAGAUAAUUUCACUUAUCACAUGUAUCAACACACUGGAGAGAAACCAUUCCAGUGUUCAUUUUGUAAUGAGAAAUUUGUAACAAGAAGAGGCCUUUUAUUACACCAUGACAAGGAGCAUCCAUCAAAGAAUAGGCCUUUGGCACUCUUAACUAAAAAUAUCUUACUUAAAUAAUAUUCAUAAGGACCUAAAGUGAUACGAUAGUUUGUUAGUAUUUGAGAUUGGCGAAUAUAAGGCUGCAUCGUUGCUAUACUUAAUAAUUAAGUAGACACGUGAGAACAAUAUCAAAUAUUAAUUAAAUACAUAGAUGUUGAAGAUACAAAGAAUGAAAUGAAUGAUUUUUUGGUUUCAAAGAUUUUUUAAAUUGCUAUUUGUAAAGCAGAGAACAAUUAAAAACGUGCAUAUGUUAUAAGCAUCUGUGUGCUAUGGUAACUGUUAAAUCAGACAAAUUCUAUAAAAGAUUGGCAUAUUUUCCAAAUUUGUGUAUUUUCUUACUUUUAACUUUUAUCUCUUUAAGUACAUGUUAAUCAGAAAAUAUUGUAUUAUUUGUAUAUUGUUAUAGUCUCUCUAACUACAACUAAAAAAAAAAACAGAUUGAUAUCUAGCUGGCACUUUAUCCUAUACUUCCAUGAUCUGAACAAGUGUUGAUAGGAUCAGUAUUAGGGAAUGUUAUUGUCUGACAAUUGAUUGACGCAUUUGUUUUAAUUUUUGUGUUUAGGUAAGAGACAGAUAAUUAUUUUUUAAAUAAAUUCAAAUACCUCAUU